CCACCCUACGGUCAACGUAAAUCAUUCCGUCCACGCUACCCUGAAGAUUAUGGAAAUGGCGGUGCAUUUCCCGAAAUUCACAUUGCUCAGUACCCACUUGAUAUGGGUCGCAACAAAGGCGGUAGAGCAACUGAGACAAGCGGUGGUGCAUUGACACUGCAGGUAGAUGCUGAUGGAAAUGUCAAAUACGAUGCAAUUGCACGUCAAGGCCACAAUGACAAUCGUAUCGUUCACACCUCACUUAAAGAUGUUGUCCCAAUAAUCGAGCGCAAAGAUGUUGAUGUUGAAAAGCUGACAAUGGAUCGACCCAGCGAAGAAGAAGUACAAAGUGUAGCUGAAAAAACCCGAGCAGCGCUUGAAAAGAUUGUAAACGGAAAGAUUGCUGCUGCCCAACCAAAAAACGUCGUAAAAACAUCUGGUGGAACCAACAAAGACCCAACCUAUAUUCGAUACACACCAGCACAAAGUCAAAGUAGCGAUACAUUCAAUUCGGGUGCUAAACAGCGAAUUAUUCGUAUGGUAGAUGCACCUACAGAUCCUAUGGCACCUCCUAGCUUCUUACACAAGAAAGUACCUCGCGGUCCUCCUUCACCGCCCGCACCUGUAAUGCACUCACCUCCUAAGAAAUUGACAGCUAAAGAACAGGCUGAAUGGGUCAUUCCACCCUGUAUCUCAAAUUGGAAAAAUACAAAGGGUUAUACAAUCCCAUUAGAUAAACGAUUAGCAGCAGAUGGUCGUGGUUUACAAGAAUUGACAAUCAAUGAUAACUUUGCUAAAUUCUCGGAAGCUUUGUAUGCCGCCGAUCGUCAUGCAAGAGAGGAAGUUAGACAGAGAAACUUGAUGCAACAAAAACUUGCACAGAAACAAAAGGAAACCGAAGAAGAGAAAUUACGAAACUUGGCUCAAAAAGCACGCGAAGAAAGAUCUGGAUUGAAGCCAGCAUCAUCGGCAGGUGCUUCGGCUGAUUUACCUGUGCCAUCCAACCGUCCUACAGCAGCUUCACUGAUGCCAGAUUAUGACUCUUCUGAUGAGUCUGGAUCUGACAGAUCGGAUGAUGAGAGCAGUCAUGAUAGCGAUUCAAACAGACAGCGUGAUCAACUGAGACGUGAAAGACAGAAGCAAAGAGAGCGUGAAUUACGUAUGAACAAGAUGGGCACAGAAGCAAAGGCAAAACAUAUCGCACGUGAGCAAGGCCGUGAUAUAUCCGAAAAGAUUGCACUCGGUUUGGCUAAGCCUACUCUUAGUAAAGAGAGCAUGUAUGAUGCACGUUUAUUCAACCAAUCUGAGGGUAUCAAUUCAGGAUUUAAAGACGAUGAAUCCUAUAGCUUGUACGACAAGCCUCUCUUUGCUCAACAAGCUUCUUCGAUUUAUAAGUUCAAGGGAAAGGGCAACUCUGAUGUACUAGGAAGCACAGAUGCAGACGACAUUGAGCAAUCUAUCAAACAAGACAAGUUUGGAAUUGGUAGAAAGGGAUUCCAAGGAGCUGAAGGCGGUGAAGGCUCUAGUGGCCCGGUCGAAUUUGAAAAGGAGACAAUUGGAGGACGACAAAAGGCCAAGGAUGCAGACAAGGAUGUGUUUGGUUUGGAUACUUUCUUGAACAAGGCCAAGAAGGGAAAGAGAGCACGAGAAGAUGACGGUAGU